AUGCUCAGCUGUGGACACCAGUGUCCUUCCACCUGUGGUAAACCUUGCGAUAUGAUUUGUCUAGAGUUGGUGCGACGUCGUCUGGAUUGUGGCCACAAUAUCAACGUUCCAUGUCAUGAAGGCGAGGUGGAAAAGCAGUGCGAAAUAUGGAGCGUGUGUGGUCAUUCUGUUAUGAUGCCGUGUUACGCUGGCACGAAUCCAAGUCAUUGUCCUGCUCAGUGUGGCAAGGAACUUCCGUGUGGACACAAUUGCCUUCGAAGAUGUGGCGAAUGUUUUGAUGCUGGCGAAUGUAAAUGCGAAGCAGUCUGUUCGAAGUUGUUGCCGUGUGCCGUCAUCACGCUGCACAGAGAAAAUGUGGUGUGCCAUGCGAGCCUUGUAUUUCUCCUUGUCUCACAAGUUGUAAGCAUCAGGACUGCGGCAGCAGUGACCGUUAUCAAGGUGGAUAGGUGUAUUGAUUCCUUAGGUACUGAAAUAUGGCCGAAAGUGUGCUCGGAAAUUGUGUCUGUGCUUUGUCAAAGCUUUGCGACAAACAGUUGUCGCAGCAUUCGCACAGUUGUAGUAAGAAGUGCUAUUGGAACGUAUGCGAUGUGCGACUCGCGAGCAAUCAUGCACUCGAUUGCGACUUGUCAAGGGUGGCCACGGCUGUCUAGGAAUGUGCGCGGAAGUUUCUGUCCGAGUCUCUGCGGUACUUGCAACAAACGGGCUUACGUGAAAUUGAUAGAAGAGUUUUUGGGUGCGAAAGAAAGUUUGACAAAACUGCCAAGAAUCAUACAAGUUGAGGGUUGCCAUCAUGUGUUCCCGGUUGAGAUUCUCGACAAACACGCGAAAAUCGCUCAAAAUCAGUCGCUGGUAUUGAUUUGCCCUCAGUCGUCGUGUAAUCAGCCCAUAACACGAAUCCAGCGAUACAUGAAGUUGAUCAAGAAAAGAAAUUUGGAGCGGUACAAUCAAAGGAUUGCAACAGCGAUCAGCGUUCCACCGGAUAAGGCAAAGAGCUUGAUGAGCGGUUACAUGGAUAGUCUCAUUGCUGAGCAGAAGAAAAUAUUCGGAAUUCUCGCCAAUCAGAGACUCUCUCACAAGCAACUUUUCGUUGAUGUGAGGAAUCUGCUUACUGAUGCCCAUCGAACCAUCGCAGUAGACCGUCUGAUGAAACCGGAUUCAUGCGUUUUCUGGAGGGAAUACACU